CUGCUGGCCGCGGGACGGGAGCGGCAGCAGCAGGACGAGGGGGAGGAGGACCCGCCGGCGGCCCCGGUGCGGCGCGGCAUCUUCUGGAGCCGCGAGCUGGAGGCGCGGGUGCCGCCGGGCUUCGCGGCCGAGGAAGCGGCGGCGUGGCGGGCGACGGCCCGUGGAGCCCGUGUGGCCUCGCUGGAGCGCGGUGGCUGCGGGCGCAGCUCCAACCGGCUGGCCCGGCUGUCGGACGGGAGCCGCGCCUGCGUCCGCUACGGCGUGAGCCCGGAGCAGAUCCAGGGCGAGGCGCUCUCCUACCACCUGGCCGGGCUGCUGGGCAUGCAGCAGCGGCUGCCGCCUAUGGCGCUGGCGCUGGUGGAGGCUCGCGGGCGGCAGUGGGAGCCGGUGCGGGAGGAGCUGCGCGGCUCGCACUGGGCCGAGGGCGCGGUGGUUAGCUUGACGCGCUGGGUGGACAACCUGACGGCCGUGGUGGCUCCCGCGCCGUGGGGCGGCGGGCGGCCGCGGGCGCUGGAGGCGGGCGAGCUGGGCGGGCUGCCCGCGGCGCAGCUGGUGGAGCUGGUGCAGUGGAGCGACCUGAUCCUCUUCGACUACCUGACGGCCAACUUCGACCGCCUAGCCAGCAACCUGUUCAGCCUGCAGUGGGACCCGCGCGUCAUGCGGCGUGCCACCAGCAACCUGCUGCGCGCCCCCGACGGCGGCCUGGUCUUCAUGGACAACGAGGCGGGGCUGGUGCACGGCUACCGCCUGCUCGCCACGUGGGACCCCUACAACGAGCCCUUGCUGCGCUCCGUCUGCGUCUUCCGCGAGGGCACAGCGCGGCGUUUGGCCGAGCUGCACCGCCGGCGCAACGCCGCCGCUGAGCUGCGUCGCCGCUACCGGGCCCGGGAGCCCCUCUGGGCGCGCCUCGGCUUCCUGUCGGAGCGGCAGGCCGAGCUGCUGCAGGCCCGCGUUGACUUCGUGCACCGCCACAUCGCCCAGUGCCGCGCUCAGGCCGCCGCGCUCUGACAGUACCCGCCCUCCCCGCGCCUCCGCUCCUUGUUUCCCCGCUCUCUGCCGCGGAGGUCCCUUCGGCCUCAACUCUUCCGUGGGAUGUGGAAGGAGUGCUUUCAACGUGUUCUUCCUCCUGUGGCAAACGAACCUUGGCAGUGGGACCGAGGACUGGUCGCACGAAGGGGCACCCCCUGACUGGCGAACUGCCCUCUCUCUGAAGCUUGGCUCCUACCGAUUUCCCUUAAGGAGAGCAGACCUGUCGCUGGUACCGUGUCCAGCCGUGAGCGGGUGCUCUGGUAGCUGUUAGUCUGUGUUGUGGGUUCAUCUGGUUCUGCUGUUCUGAUCCCCCAAGUGUGUGUCUGUAGUCGUCGCCAUCCUUUGAUUUGACGGUAAAAUAACGGACUGACGGUGACAGGAGAGGACCCCCAAAGCAUCGCUUUGUGCUGAGACUUGGGCGCAAUAGUUAAAAGUGGAGGAAAAAAAACUGUUCCAUGCACUUUACUUUGACUUUUUAAUUUUUUUAUAAACAAAAAGACCUUUUUAUUUUACGAAGUCUGCCUUUUAUGUACAUUCUCUAUGUUCAUAAGCUUUUCUGUAACAUACUAAAGAAACUGAUAUUUCAGUGAAGCGUGUUGGUGAUUUGCCUCCUUUGUGCUGACUGCCUGAGCUGCGCUGCAUUCCGCUGCGUCCCGCUGCAUCUCAUCCACCUGUGUCCUCCUGCCUUGUGCUGUGGGGCUCAAUCUGAGCCAACCCGCCCCUGCUGGCACCCUGAUAAGCCGUCGGUUUUGGAAUGCUGCCCGCGGGUGAUGUGGGCAGAGCUGUGCCAGGUGAUUGGGCUGCAUCCCAGCCCUGUAACAGGGUCACUUCUUGUGUUGCUGUGCCCUGCGAACCCCUGUGGUGCCGCCUGCUUUCGGGUCUUAGCCCUCCUCCCAUUCCUGCUAUCUGUGCUGCCAGAGCAGAGCCUGAAUUGAAUAGACUCAUAGAACUAUAGAAUGGCUUGUGUUGAAAAGGACCCCAACGAUCAUCUAGUUUCAACCCCUCUGCUAUGUUCAGGGUCGCCAACCUCUAAUAGGAAAGCUCUUCCUCUGCUUUGCUAAAAUGGUUUUUUAAUAGAAGUUUUGUAAGUUCAGCAAAGUGAUAGCAUAUUAGAUAGAACUUUAUGAAGUCUACUUUAUGAAGUCUCUUUGGCCACAAAA